UCUGUCGGCUUGCUUCUCCCUCUUUCUCUCUCUCUCUUUCUCUGUCUCUCUCUCUUUGUCUCCGAGGUGUUUAACUUUGGGGGAACCUCGGGCUGCUGGGAGCUGGAGGCAUUUCUGCACCGCAAGGGACGAAGCUGGACGAGGCGGCGGCGGCGGCAACGGCGGUAGCAGCGGCGGCGGCAGCAAAGAGGCAGCCACAUGCUCCAAGUGGGGGGUGUUAAAAGUUGAGACCCGAUUCCAGGCGCUGUAGAUCGAAACAGGUGCUGCUAGCAAGUCAUGAUGGUUGAAUCUGCCUCGGAGACAAUACGUUCUACUCCCUCCAGUCAGAAUGGGGUCAGCAGCCUAAACAAUCCAACUGAUGGAGGAGGCGGUGGUGGAUGUGGAAGAGAAGGAGGAGCCAGUGGAGAAACCAAUGGAGAAAUGAGCCCAGUGGAACUCUUGCAUUUUCAGCAGCAGCAGGCUCUUCAGGUGGCACGGCAGUUCCUUCUGCAACAGGCAACAGGGCUGACUUCUCCCAGCAGCAAUGAAAAUAAGCAGCCAGCAGUCCAGGUUCCAGUGUCUGUGGCCAUGAUGUCUCCUCAGAUGAUCACCCCACAGCAGAUGCAACAAAUCCUGUCUCCUCCUCAACUCCAAGCUCUGCUGCAGCAGCAGCAAGCAAUUAUGCUGCAACAGCUGCAGGAAUACUACAAGAAGCAGCAGGAGCAACUUCAUCUGCAGCUACUGACUCAGCAGCAAGCUGGAAAGCAGCAAGCCAAAGAGCAGCCAUUAGGGAAUAAGCAGCUGGCAUUCCAACAACAGCUACUGCAGAUGCAGCAGCUGCAGCAGCAGCACCUGUUAAACCUCCAGCGACAAGGGCUGGUCAGUUUACAGCCAGGACAAGGCACCGUUCCUCUGCAGACCCUUCCACAAGCUGUGUGUCCCUCAGACCUUCAGCAGCUAUGGAAAGAGGUUACUGCUACUCAGCCUGUAGAAGACAGUAUCAAGCAAGAGGGACUUGACCUCAGCACCAACACCUCCAAUUCUACCUCGUUUUCGGCCGCCAAGGUCUCUCCUCCAAUUUCCCACCACCCUCUUCCCAAUGGACAGAACGCCAUGCUCACACAAAGGAGGGACAGCUCUUCUCAUGAGGAGACUCCUGGCUCUCACCCUCUGUAUGGACAUGGAGAGUGCAAGUGGCCUGGUUGUGAAACCCUCUGUGAGGACUUGGGACAGUUUGUCAAACACCUCAAUACAGAACAUGCACUUGAUGACCGGAGCACAGCUCAGUGUCGAGUUCAAAUGCAAGUGGUACAGCAGCUGGAAAUACAGCUAGCUAAGGAGAGUGAGCGUCUCCAGGCGAUGAUGGCCCACCUCCAUAUGAGACCUUCAGAGCCAAAGCCGUUCAGUCAGCCUCUGAACCUGGUUUCCAGCGCCACCCUCUCCAAGAGCACUUCUGAUACCUUCCCUGAUGGAUUACCUCAUCCCCCCACCUCUGCUACUGCACCCAUUACUCCAUUGCGGCAGGGCCCUUCUGUCAUCAGCUCAUCCACUUUACACAAUGUAGGGCCUAUUCGCAGGAGGAACUCAGACAAGUUCUGCACGCCAAUCUCCUCAGAACUUGCGCAGAAUCAUGAGUUUUACAAAAAUGCAGAUGUCCGCCCCCCCUUCACAUACGCCUCGCUUAUCCGGCAGGCUAUCCUUGAGACACCCGACAGGCAGCUAACAUUGAAUGAAAUCUACAAUUGGUUCACACGGAUGUUUGCCUACUUCAGGAGAAACACAGCUACCUGGAAGAAUGCCGUACGCCACAACCUGAGCCUACACAAAUGCUUCGUCCGAGUGGAGAAUGUCAAGGGAGCCGUCUGGACUGUAGAUGAACUUGAGUACCAAAAGAGAAGGCCACCAAAGAUGACAGGGAGUCCAACUUUAGUCAAAAACAUGAUUUCUGGCCUUAGUUAUGGAGCACUUAAUGCCAGCUACCAGGCAGCCCUGGCUGAGAGCAACUUCCCUCUGCUGAACAAUCCCACCAUGAUCAACACAAGCUCCACUAGCGGCAUGCUACAUGUCGGCCAUGAUGAUGUGAGCAGCACUGUGGAACAAGUCAACAGUAAUGGCAGCAAUAGCCCCAGGCUUUCACCACAGCAGUAUAGCCACCAAGUCCAUGUGAAGGAAGAACCAACUGAGACAGAAGAUGACAGCAGACCUGUUUCUCUCAUGGGAACAACCAAUCAGAAUGUGACAAUUCCUGAUGACAGAGACAUGGAGGAGGAGCUGCCAGUGGAAGACUUGUCUUAAGGGCCCUCCCUCCUCACCUAGGCCCAGCAUUUCCCCAGAGACAAAGCAAUGGCUCCCACCUCCUCAAGGUGACCUUCAGCGUUAUCUUGUUUAAGGCACUUCUGCAAAGCAAAAGGGUUUCCUUGGGUCUACCCAUUGCUGAAGGCACACACUUCUUUCCCUUCCUUACAUCCCAGUGACUCUUAACAGACAUUCACAGAGGGGGAUGUGCAAAGAAACAAAAACCAGAGUUGAGCUUUUUCUUUAACUUUUUUAUUAUUUUAUAACUGAUAAACGAGGAUGGUAGGUUGGUUCUGUCCGAAGACUUCUUUGUUGCCUUCCCCUGCUCCAUCACCCCAUUCUCAUGGGGAUAAAAAGAAGGUGUCUCGUAUUGUCUGCUCUGUGUUUUGUCAUUUUCAGCUCAUAUGCCAUAUUGUUUCCACAAAUCAAGAUUUUGGAAGCAUCCAGUCCAGCAGGGGGCAGCAUCCAAGCCAUGGGCUUCUGUGAAUGUCCCCCACUUUCCCAUGGAAAGCAUUUCCAGUAACCUGUCAGUUUAUCCCACUGAGAACUUUGCACUAGGAGGAAUGUUUUUUCACGCGCACACACUUAGCAUAUAUGCAUACACAACUCACACACACCCUAGCACCAUUUCAACGUACUGGAACAGCAGUUUGAAACUAGAACCCUACAGUGGCCCUGGUGUUGUCCCAGCUUCUGCUCAUUUCCUGAAUGAGAGAGAAAUGGAAAAAAACCAAGCUGGGUAUCAUGAAUACACUGUAGGUCAACAAACAGCCAAAGGGUCUCUCACUGCCACACAUAAAACCACUCGGUUAUUCUUUCUCCAACCUGUGUUUGUGCCCCUGCAAGUUCAAGAAGUAGCCUUCUUUUACCAGUCAUGCUUGACAGCCAGACUUCAGUCCACAAAGCUUUAUUCACCACAAAACCCAGGGAUGAAUAUCCAUUCCGCGCCAUCACAUACUGUGAAAAUUUUACCGGAAGCCAACAGCCAGAUGAUUGGACAGCAAGCUGCUGGGGCCCAGCAUGAGACUGAAUUCAGGGAAAGACUUUAACUUCUGCAAGACAAACCUUUUGCUUGCUCCUCCCAGCUUCCAUUCUGUCCCUUCCGUUUUCACCCAUGCUGGGAUAAGGCCAGAAAGCAUGACUCUUGGUUGCUCAUGUGGGAGUGAAGAGGUGGGUAAAUGGGAAGGCCAAAUAUAUGUGAGUGGAGCUGACUUAGCAAAGCCAGCAAAAUCUGAAGCACUUGUGGUGGGGGGAGGGGGAAGUGGGGACAGGCCAAUGUAUGUGGCUGUAGAAAACCAAGAGCCGGUUGACCAUGCAAAACUCAAAGCAAUAUAAAUGUAAGGUCAACAAACCUUUUCCUUUGUGACCAAACACAGCAACGCUAUGAUGAAGCACUCAUUUCCUUCUAGACAUUAGCUUGUCUAGUGGAAAUAUAUCCAACCACACAAUUGGUAUGCUAGCAAUUAGUUCCUAGAUGCCAACUAUUUUGGAGGGGGAACAAAAGUUUCCAAAACGUUACAGUAGGAUCUAGUACAUCUUUCAGGUGAACAAACAGUGUUAACCAAAAACCCUUCCCACAGCCUUUUUAUUUUAUGUUAACUGAUUGUCUGAUGCCUCAAAUUAGAAUUUCAGGAUGGAGAGGCAAGAGGAUAUUCCAGGAGCUCUUCCCGGCAGAAAAAAAUAAUGGUUUCCAAAGGCUCCUCUCCCUCUCCUUCCAUGAGAGGGCAACCGAAAAGCUCCCUCUUGGUGACCAAAAAAUUGUCUUGGCCAUUGUGGGACAAGGGAUGCAGUGGGUCAAAGAAGUUGGAUACUGGGCUUUUGAGGAGUCUCUUUCUAAAGCAAGCUCAUGUGUGUCCACUCUCCCACCAAUAAAUCUGUGUAACCUAGGGCUUAUCCACACUUCCUUUUCCCCUGUGAUUUCCAGUCAUGGGUCGAAGAGGUUCUUUUUUUGUCCCACUGCUUCCUUCACUAGGAAAACCGGUGUACUGCUGAAUUGGAAUAAACGCUUAUCUACAGAAAAUCCAAUAGAUGGGGUUUACCGAUUCAGCAAUAAACGGCGGGUUUUCCCAGGAAAAGCAGUGGAACCCAUACCUAUUUUGUGCCUAGAAAUCAUGGGACAAACACAAGUGUGGAUGACCCCCACAUUAAGGGUUUAAUCAAGAUACAGGAGUUUCAUCAUCACCUUUUGGGAAAACAAGCUGGUACUUGGCCACACCUGGAUGAUUCCCAAACCAGCAAGAAAUUGUGUUCUGUAUGCAACCCUUUAUGUUAGAAAAGUAAGCUGCCAUUGCCAUGCUUCAACACUGAAGUUCAGCGUAGAUUAGCUUGCUGGAUGCCCUCCCCAGACUAAGGCCCCCAAAGACAUUGGAGCAAAAUAGUCAUGAUUAACUUGUCUUAGGAUUCCUUUGCACCAUUCUUUAUUUCAUUAUUAGGUAUUCCCCACCCCCCUAUUGUUCAAAGCACCAUCUGGUAAAGUGAGGGGUAAUACUGUCCGGGUAAGGAAGAGAGCUAACCUACUCAAAAUGUUGUCUCUUUAGCCUGUAUGCACCAUUGCUCCAUUUUUCUCCAGCACAGUGCAUUUUAAUGGUGUUAAAAUUCUUCCUUAAAGUCUCCUUUCACCAGCUGGCAGACCAUGAUAACAAUCACUCCUCCUUCUUUUCCUUAAUUCCCAAGCUUAGCUUAAAAGGUUACAGUAAAUCAGCUGGCACUUCUUGUGCCUUUUUGCCUCCACUCUACCUCUUCUUAAGUGUACAGAAUGACACAUUAGUUCUAUACAACCCCAAACUUACGUUUGUAGGUGAAUGGUGAUUGGGAUCAGACCUCUUAACCAAGAUCAAGUUCUCUCUCUCCCCCCCCCCUCUCAAAAAAGGUGCUCACUGAUUAGUCUCUGCAACAGCUCUAAAACCACCUAGCAGAAUCAUUUGAGUCUGUUUGCUCAAUUUUGCCAGUGGAAUUACCUCCUAGAAGGAUCUCUGGUGGGUUACACUAGAACAAUAUAUCUUUUUAUUAAAUUCUGGAACACCAUGCACUAUAAUCUCUACUCACCUUCUUGGCCAGUCUCCCCACCCCCUUGUGAUAUUUUUUCUAAAUAAGUUUGCUGAUGGAAGGGAAGCCUGCCCCUCAAGUCACAAAGAACAGAGAUUGAUGUUACCCCAUGUAAGCCUUAUCUAAGCGAUUGUAUUUGUCCAUAUAUGUAACACUCAAUACUUCCUCUCUAACACUUUCCUUCUGAAACUUCAUAUUGAGUAGUGUGCUUAAGUGACCCAGAUUUGUAUCACACCUAGACAAAAAUGAAAAGCAGUAAAGAUAUAUAAAAAGCUUCCCACCCUUCCUUCCUUUUUUCUUUCUUUCCUUCCUUCCUGAAUCAUGGCUGCAAGAAUAAAGAGGUGCCACAGUCCUCACUCAGAAAACCACCAAUGCCUGGUUCCUGGAGUCUACGCUACAGGGCUCCACUGAGCAUGAAUUCCCCCUACUCAGCUUCCUGACUUCACCAACCGGCAGAGCAAAAUUGGAGUUUAUUAUCUAGAUUAAUUGAGGGUAGUUGCUCUGGUUUGAUGGGAAGUGUAUACCUAUUGGAAGAAAGAGGGGCCAUCUUUAAGCUGCAGUAAGCUGGAGGUGAUCUUGCUUAAGGGAUGUGAAUCAAAUUUAAGAAGCUUUAAAUAACCUUCCCAGAGAAACUAUCCAUUGCCAGUGAGUGGCUGGCAUGGCAAAGCCUGCAAAUACAGUCAAGACGGACUGCAAGAGCUGAAAAUACCUCAGAACCUUUUGACUGUCUACCCACCCCUCAGGGCCCAGCUCAACUCCAGAAGCAGCUUGAGGAAAAUGUUCCCAUCCUUAGUUUGAGCAGAAACACACCACACCUCACUUCCUCCUUGGGACCAUAUCUCAAUGCCUCCCUAGUGCCCUCUUCAGAAUGCUUUACAAUUGGCUUAACCAUUGACCAAAGACCUUUCUUAGACAAGAAGCAUAAACCAAAACACUUUUUGUUUUAAUUUUUGUUUGGUGCUUUUAUUCUGACUUAUCCCAACUGGCAUAGGCCAAAAAGAAAUUCACAAAGAUCCUGCACCCCUUUAGCCCUUUUGUCACUUUCUUUUGAUUUUAAGUUAUUAUUUAAACCAAAGUUUACAGGUGCUGUUUUGUACACUUCUAAUGAAGGUAGACCAGAAUCAUGGAUUGCUGCUUUGUGUUAGUCAUUUGCUUUACUAAGGGUACGCCGUUGAGCCUAGAGAGGGUUUGCAUUCCAUGGGUCUCUCUUGAACCUGCUUCUGUCUCACUCGCUCCCCUUUUCAGAUCAUAGCUUCCUUCAUUUCAGCUGUUAUCAGAGGUUGUUUGUGCAGUUUUGGAUUCUUCUCUUUGUUUUCAGCAGUUGUUCUUUCCAAAGUUUUGGUGUCCUUACCCCUUUCCUCAUCAUCCAAAAUAAUUGGGAGCCUUGUCAGAUCUUGAAGGCAUUGUCUGAGUAGCAUGUGUUUUGAAAAGCUCACAGCAGAUUCAUUGUAGCCACUCGAGGUAUUGAGUCAAUUAACACAUUUACAUAGUGUGAGAUGGCAGAAUUUUGGGCCGCAUGAUUUCAGACUGCAGGGGUGGGGCUGUUGUGGCCAUCUUUUUAAUGCUCCCAUACAUUGAAAACAUUUUGUGUUUUUUUUAACUCCCUGCAUGUAGUAAAUUGCAUGUAGGAAAUGUGACUAAACACAUAGGGAGGGAUUCACCUAACAAACUCCAUCAGCUUGUGGAACAGGGCUUCCUGCCUCUCCCCAUGCCUCUAAAAUUGGGUUGGGAGAAUCCCAGAAUAGUGCAUCAUUCCAUCUGUCAAGGCAGAACAUCUGCAACAGCGCAGCAUUGAAAUAUACCCUCUGUCCUCUCCCUGAUGUACUAGUUUAAUAUAAACUGGAUGAUUAUUUUUACAUGACAGAGGGUUUGUUUAAGAUUCCUGUAGUCUGAAAUGAUUCCUUCUGGAAUUCUGCCACCUUAUUCUAUUUAAUGUGUAGAUCAGCUUUGCAAUAAGAUAUUUAUUGGAUCUUUGUCUUACUCCAUCACGAUCCAUGUACUACUGCAGCAUGUCAGAUUGCUUUGAAAACAACUCUAGAGCUGAGUGGUUAUACCCCAGUGUUGUUUAUCUUACCCCUUGGUAUUCUUUCCCCAUCAAUUCCUACUAAGUUCCAUCAAUUUGAACUCUUCAAAGAUGCUACUAUUCUGACUCAAUGACCUCAGUCUGUUUUUCUCCUACCUGGUACAAUAACUUGUGUUAGGCACCUGCAGCUGGUCCUGGGGUGCCCAGUAUAUGCGUUGUUCUGCCAGUAUUAAAGUGGUGUUACCUGGUGCUGUACUGCCAAUAUCUGAACUGUAACCAUCAUCACUUGCGGGAAGAGGUUCUCUGUAGAAAUAUAACUGUCUCUGUUUAAACCAAAGCCCGUGCCUCACUGUUUGGGUUUGUUCAACUUAACUCACUUAUUGGAGGGGCCCGAGAAAAGGGAGCAUAAUGGUCAUAGUUAAUAUAUUAAAUGCCCAUUAUCUCAAACCAACUGGAGGCAAGGGAUGGAGCAACUAAGGCUGAAUUGUUGCUUCAGUGCUGGGCAUAUUGCAACCAGUUUAUACUUUUGGGUAGAAUCAAAUGGUAAAACUUCCUGGACUGCAAUGCCUUGGGCCACAGGUGGAGGCAAAGGUGGUUGUUUGCCCUGUGCAGGAUUUUUUCCUCCAUUAGAAAACCAAACAAGUGCCGCCACCCACCCACAUCUUCAUGGUGCAGUCCAGGAAAAGCUUAACCAUGAUUCUGAUGAAUAUAAAAACUGGCCCCAAGUUCUUUACCUGGAGCAGCAAUAACAACCUCAGUGGCUUGCACUGUCAUAGAGAAUCUAGUCUUGACUGAGAAUCUUGAUUAACUUAGUGGGACAUUGCCAACUCAUACCGCAUAAUCCAUACCUGAUUGGGCACUUACUAUGACUCCAGUGAAAGUAGGCAGGAGCCUUUGCUAACUUAUAGGUACAGAGGAUGCAACCUUUCUAGAGACCCUGGCAUGCAUAUACAUAAUUUGUAAGACAAACUGGCUUUUGAUGUAGAACAGAGCGUCUCCAGUCUGUAAUGUGCUGCUAGCCAUUUCUGCCAGUUACAGCUCCUCCCUGCCUAGAUGUGACAAUAUUAAUGUGUGCAUCCCACAGGGUAACUUUGGGUCUUAAUUCUCGCUGCAGCAAUAAAUCUGUGUCUGGAGUUGCACCACUUCAGAAUGCAGGUAGGACAGGAGAUCAUGAGAAUGCAGUAUUUCCAUGCACAUAGAAAACUAGUUGUUGGAAAGACAGGUUCUCCUUGACUUGUCUGUAUGAGCAGAUCCCACCCCCCCAAAUGAAGGAGCAUUCAGACACAUGAAGUAGUCUAGCUCAGACACAGAUUCCUUUAUCCCUGUGAGAACUAUACUAUAUUACUACUAAUUAUGGAAGGAAUUUGUGUGUGUUUAUCUGUGUUGUUAUCUUAUUUAGUUUCUCAAACAGUGAUUCCUACCCCUCCAAAUGCCAGAAGGGCACUCCCCACCCCCACCCCCUGGUAUGUUGCAACCCACUAGCUUUAAAACAUUGGAUAUGCUGUCCAAACGUCACUGCUUUGUAUGUUACAACCAGGAUUUUGCAUCAGAAUUGUCAGUAUGCAUAUUGGUCACUAGGCAAGUGGCAUAGUUUUGAAUCUCUUUGGAUUUUCAAAUCUACACCUGGUCCUGAAGGGAACCAGUGUACAUGUGAGCUGGAUAAUUAAAGAGGAGGUUUGGGGUGUCAUUCUCUCAGUCCUCCAAACUUCUGUGCCCUGCAAUUGUUUCCAUUUCCAUGGCUCAAGUCAAAACCAUCCUCUCUUGGCUUGGCUCAUUUUUUCUUGUGUUUCUGACUUUCCCAGCAAAAGCUAUUUGAACCAGGAUGUUAAUUUCACGUUGAUUGCUUCUACAGCUUUCUAAUUUUCAGUGGUAAUGCACUGUCCCAAUGAAAGAAUUGUACCACAAAACUAGAGUGGUUCUGAUGUCUGGUUGCUUUAAGAUUCUGCCUCAUCUUUUAUACACAUAAAGGAGUGCCAUUAUAAUAGAGCUUCCACAUGACUCGUGGGCUUGCCUGUGUAUAAAGCUGAAAAGAUUAUUACUUGCAAAACAGCAAGUCCUAAAUUCAUUCAUAUCAAUAACAGGAUUCCCACUAACUUUACUGGGCAACUGAUCAGGAUCUGCCCUAUCCCUGCUCUUUCUAGACACAACUUUAAGAAUCUUUACAGGUGCUUGAUUAAUAACAGGACACUGAAGAAAGACUAUAGUUCAGUAUCACUGAAUCCAUGCUGUUCACUACAGCUAUUCAAUUUGUGGUCUGUUUGCCCUCCAACAGCUUGAAGUGUGAAACUUGCUCCUGUUUUUUGAAUUGCUUGAUUGAACUGCUAUGGCUUCAGUUGGCAUAAUUUUCUUUAGAUGCUGCCUUUCAUUUAAAUCUGACUCAAGCUACCUGACCAGGAUCAUUUCUUGUGUCCAGGUCAUGGCUUUGAGUGUCUUCUUAUUGUGUUUUCCUGGGUUACAGGGGGAUUUCCCCAUUCCUCUAAUGUUUACCUUUCUGUGAGAAUUCCUUUGAAAAGGGUUUCAGCCUGGCAACACUAACUCUUUAGAAAUGAUGGACAACAAUGACCAUAGUUGUUAGGAUGUGAGCAACUGCUUGGGCAAAUGGUCAGAUCUACGCAGUCCUUGUUAUUGAAGUCAGUGUGUUUCGUUACACUGGUGUAAAUUCAGAAAAAGUUAAUGGUCAAGCGUUCCUAGAGAAAAAGAGCAAAUCCAAAUACUGUUGAGAUAUUAUUUGUCUUAGAUUAAUAUAAAUGUGUUUAGAAUAAGCUUGGGAAAUCCAUAUUGUUCCUUCUGGCCUUCCCAGCAAAAUCAAGAGUAAUGAUGACUGACUGAAUUCUCUGCCCAGAAUUGUACAAAAUGUGUUCCAGUGCUGCGAUUUCAUCUGUAAGGUGUUCUUUCUAUUCUGUUGCAAAAAGUGGAGGCUCUUUAUACAGACUGGGAAAGGGCCUCUAGUCGAUAGUUUUCUGGUGGCAGGUUAAACAUCUGAUUUUUUUUAUUUUUUAUUUUUGGGGGGGUCUUCUGCUCAAAAUUGAAUAAUUCCCGUAAUGCCAUAUUAAAAACAUCAGCAUCCAUAUGUAAAUGCAAUAUAUGUACCAACAGACAAUGAAUCUAUGGGAUCUUCUCUUAACAGUUAAGGCAUCCAUGCAAUUUCUUUCACCUCAUCAAAUGUGCCCGUUUACUGUUGUUCCAUAAGUCAUUUUGGAAGAAUAGUUUACCACCACAGAGUUUCUUUUUGUGGCUUUAAGCUCUUGUAACUUUGUUCAGUGUCCUUUAUUCCUCAUCCCCUGUUCAUGAAAAGUAAAUAUGGCUGGCAUGAGCCUUGGAGGGUUCUCUUUCUUAAGCUGAAAAUAUCUUGGCACUUAACUUUCCCCAGGUUUAACUGCAUUAGGUACAUCUGUUUUUUUGCACAAAUAACUUUUCACAAAACUCUGUUUCAUUCAAACUACGUAUAGUACUUGUGUGUUUUUAUGGUUUUUGUUGUUACCUCAAAAUGGCUUUUAAAGGGGUAGUGUGGGAAAGACCAAACCCAACUUGUGGCAGGAUAGUAUCUGUAUAUAUUGAUAUAUAUGCUGGUUAAAAACCUACUAAAAUUAGUUUAUUGUUGUCUAUUUAACUAUCCUGUGAUGAAACUAAUGCAGGGAAUAUUUUAGGAAGGUUUUUUCCCCCUUAUUCUGGAAUUUAGGAAGCCAUUCUUGUAUCUCUCUUUGACUUGACUUGGAUGCUGUUCCAGUUCUUUAUGCUGUCUUUGGUUUGUUUUCUUUCUGAAAAUUAGGUUGUAGAAAUGGUGAGGGUGGGAAGAGAGAACCCAUUGCUUAAAAGAAAUUGGGAUACUGAUGUAAUCAUUUCCCUUUCCUUCUCACUUCCUCAAAGUUGGGAGAAGUAAGAACAGAAGCAAAACACAUUUUAUUAAACCAAAGGUCUGUGUGUUUCAGUUUUGUAUGUUUACAUAAUCUUUAAUAGGUAUAUUUCAAGGGGAGAGAUACAAAAAUCCCACUCAAAAAAACCCACAAGAGCCAGUUCUGUUUAUCCAUUCUGUAGAUUUUCAAGUGUUCGACUCCACAUAAAUGUGGCCUCUAUGCAUAAUUUGCAGAGGUUUUGUUUUAGUUUUUUCCUUUUUCAAAUUUAGACGAUUCCAAAGUGCUGAAGGAUUUGUCAAAUGGGAAUCUUCUUAUUACUCAUUGCAAUGGGGCUGUUCUUCUAUAGGAAUGAAAUACUGGUGCCCCAUUGCCCCGUUGUUCACUUUAACCGUUUGCUAUUCGGAGCAGCUUUCCGGUUAACCUUCCCAAAGAGUUGAGGCUCGGCUUCUCUGAGCUUUUCACCACUUGGCAUUCUUGUCUUCCAAAUCUCUCACUGAAUCUCAGGUGGCAGAAAAAUCACCCAGGAAACAAUGACUAGUGACUUUCAAACCGUAUCAGCUUAGCAGUUUGGCAUGAGCCAAGGGGUCACUGAUCUCAUUGAAUGGAAAUGGGGAGGUUAACAUGUCUCCUGAAAUGACCUGAUUUGCUAAUUUGUAAUAUUUAAUUUUGCCUCCAGGGGCUCCUCCUUCUUAGAUCUUCUCUAUUGCAAGUGGAUCUGUUCUCCCUCAUCCUAGUACCCAACAUACAGUGGGAGGGUAGGGGACUGUGGCAUGUCAGCACUCUGUUGUCUUUUCCUUCUCCUGGUACCCAGGAAGGUGCAAGAAAGGGACAAGACAUGCAGUGACCUUUAAUAUUGUGGGUUUUUCCUUCCUCACAUUUGUUGGUUUGAUGUGAUCAUCCUUUUAGCAGGUGGCAAGUCAGUGCGAAGGGAAAGGUUACUGGGGAGGGGGAAGGAUGUCUGUAAACCUUUGAUCCAUCCUCCUCCUACUGCAUCACACUGCCAUAUUUCCACCCUGUAUAAAGGAAAUAGCAUUGCUGUGUAUUUGUACUCUGGACUUCUGUGUGUCUGCUCUGGCAGACGGUAAACCCUUGUACAGUAGAUCUAGCUGCAUGUAAUCUGUAUGACAAUGGCAUUAUAAAAUGCAAUAAAAUUAAAUUACCUAUGA